GCCUGGCUCUUGUUCUGUGGCGGCGCGGUGUAGAACGCUGUCUUGGCCGGCGCGGAGCGGUCGCCCACCCGAAUCGUCCUCCUCGUACUCCGCGGCUACCGCCCGUACAACGCCCCACGGCAGCCCGGGAGGCGUGCGAUACAGGCAGGACAGCGUGCCGCUCCAAGCUUCCCGUCAGAGAACCCUCGCUCAGGACGAGGCGCGGCUGCCACCUCAACCCCUUCUACUGCCCUUCCCCGAUCUGGGUCUUCCAGCGCCAUGGCCCCUCCAGGAAAGAAACUCCCCCAAUACACGGCAGCUAUAAUUGCCUCUAUGUCCGUGAUGGCGGCGGGCUGCUGCAUCGCCUGGCCUUCCCCCGCGCUCAAGAUGCUGCUGCACUCGGAGGAGCCGCCCUUCGAGCUGAGCCCGGCCGAGGGCUCGUGGAUCGUGUCGCUCAAGAACGUGGGCAACAUCAUCGCGCCGCUGCCGACCGGCUGGCUCAUGGGCCGCCUGGGCCGGAGGGCCACGCUGCUCGCUUCGGCGCUGCCCUUCGUCGUGUCCUGGGCGCUCGUGGUCGUCUUCGACACUGCGCCGCUGCUGUACCUGGCGCGAGUGCUGGGCGGGCUGGGCGUGGGCAUGGCGUUCACCGUCACGCCCAUCUACCUGGGCGAGAUCGCGGACACGGAGGUGCGCGGCGCGCUGGGCACGCUGCUGCAGGCCAUGCUCUACUGCGGCAUCCUCAUGGAGUACGUCGUGGGGCCGUACGUCAGCUACCUGACGCUGGCGCUCACCUCGGGCGCCGUCCCCGUCCUCUUCUUCGUGCUCUUCUUCUUCAUGCCCGAGUCGCCGCACUGGCUGCUGCAGCGCGGCCGCCGCGAGGAGGCCCGCAAGGCCCUGGGCUGGCUGCGGGGCACGGGCGAGCAGGCCGUGGCCGCCGAGCUGGGCGAGAUGACCCGCACCCUGGAGAUGCAGCUGCAGCCGCAGGAGAAGGGCGGCGUCGCGGCCCCGGGCUCCCUCAAGGACAUCAUCUUCAGCAAGGGGCCCAGGAAGGCCCUCAUCAUCAUCCUUACCCUGAAUGUCCUGAAAGAGAUGUCCGGCAACUCGGCCGUGGUGGCGUACGCCGCGACCACACUCACGGAGGGCACGGGGUCGCCCUACGCCGACGAGUACGUGAUCGCCAUCGGCGUGGUCAUGUUCGCGUCCACCAUGGCGUGCACGCAGCUCGUGGACCGCGCGGGGCGGAGGCCGCUGCUGCUCGCGUCGUGUGCGUUCUCCGCAGUCUGCCUAUCGACGGCGGGGCUCUUCUUCUUCCUGAAGGCCCUGGGCCUGGACAUGUCCGGGGCCACCUGGCUGCCCGUCGGCGGGCUGCUGGCCUACGCCGCGGUCUUCCCCCUGGGCCUCGCGCCCAUCCCGCCCACCCUGCUGGGUGAGCUCUUCCCCGCUCACCUCAAGGGCCUGGCGGCGUGCUCGGCAGCCGUGUCCAUCUCCGUCACCUCCCUCGUCGUCACCAAGCUGUACCAGGUCGUCGGUCAUCUCCUGGGCAUGCACGUGGUCUACUGGGCUUUCGCCGCGUCAUGCGUGGGCGGAGCCGCCUUCGUCGCCACCUUCGUGCCGGAGACGAAGCGCAAGACGUUCCAGCAGAUCCAGGACGAGUUGAGCGGCGUCGUGCGCGCGAAGGGCGCCUACGAGGCGGACGAGCCGCUCAAGCUUAUGGCGUAAAUGGUCAUCAGCGUGGGUCAACUGGUCGAGUGGGAAAUCAAUCGAACCUCAAUGCCAAUUUGACGUUAUAUCACCCUGCUUUCGUCCCGAAAAUUUCGAUGAACGACGUACUUUUGAUGUUGAAUUUCUCACGGGGAAGGAAAGAAACGUCGUGUUAGGACGUCCACGACGUUCAGUAAACAAGACUGAUGAACGAAGCAUAGUUUUAACAGCCGUUUACCUAGUACUUAAGGGGCUCACGAGUGAUUCCCAGUAGAUUUAAUUUCACUUUAAUUUUAAUCAGACUACGGAAAUAUCUUGGCGCUGUUUCCAUUAUCUCAAGUCUGAUAUGGCCAUUCGUAUUGUGAUUUCAUCGUGUUAAGUACCUACAUGUAAACAGAAUUAGGAAAAGUGUAUUUAUUUUAUAAAA